GAGAAAGAAAAACACGCUUUGUGUGAUGGAUUGGUCAGGUGACAAAGAGAGAAGCGACGACGGUGGCGAACGAUCCAGACCCACUGGGGCAGAAGUGGAAUUGGUGGAGCGAUGGCGAUUUAUUGGAGAAUGGGGCCGUAUUCGUGAAGUCUGGGCAGCCACUAAUGCCUGAUGCUAAUAAUGAAUUCGACAGUUCCCCCAAACCUACGGGCUUCCUCGACCAAAUCCACACCGCAGGUGUUCUUCUUCCCAGGCAUUAAUUUCUACAAAUGGAUGAUGUGUUGCUUGUUAUGCUUAAGUUGGACGGUACAUGGAUGUCUGACUAUACAUUUUCAAGUUUGGAUACAUUUGGUAUUCGUAUUGGACUUCAUUCUUCGUACACGAGUUUGCUUGAUAUGCUGCGUGGAAUCUUAAAUCAGUACAAACCAAAUCAUUCAUUCAGGAUUUCGUAUAUGGUUGAUGGUUGCCCCCCUCCUGUUUUUAUUGUUGAUGAUGAAACUUUGAAAUUCUAUCUUUAUAUGAAGUGUUUGCAGUCGGAUGUUGCAAAGUUACCACUAUGUGUGGAG